AUGGAAGACGCGCGCAUCGCCUACGAUGCCGCCAUUGAAGCACUACGCCUCCGCGAAUACCCCAUGCUCCAAGAUACCACCUACCUGGACCAUGCCGGCACUACGCUAUACGCCAAGUCACUCAUCGAGCGCUUCUCCGCCGAUAUGGUUGCCAAUCUUUAUGGCAACCCGCACUCCGCCUCGAACUCGUCACAGUUGACCACGCGCCGCAUCGAAGAUGUCAGACUACGUCUAUUGGGCCUCUUCAAGGCAGACCCGGAUGAGUUUGACGUUGUUUUCACCGCCAAUGCCACCGCGGGCAUUAAGUUAGUGAUGGAGGCGUUCCGCGACCAAGAGGAAGGCUAUUGGUAUGGCUACCACGGCGAUGCGCACACAUCCUUGGUUGGAGUCCGCGAAGCCGCCAUGCAACACCGCUGUUUUACAACGGAUGCUGAGGUCAACCAAUGGGUCGAAGAGGAGGGUGGGUUAGGCACAAGAGCUGGCCUCUUUGCAUAUCCGGCACAGUCCAACAUGAAUGGGCGCAGAUUGCCCUUGGAUUGGACAGGCCGUAUACGCUUGAGGAAACAAGGCGCAGUGUACACAUUGUUGGACGCGGCUGCCUUGGUGUCAACCUCGCCGCUUGACCUGAGCGAUGCCGACAACGCCCCUGAUUUUACAGCCUUGAGCUUAUACAAGAUCUUUGGUUUUCCUGAUCUGGGUGCUCUAGUCAUUCGGAAAGCUGCGGGAUCCAUUUUCGACAAGCGCCGCUACUUUGGUGGAGGCACAGUUGAGAUGGUGGUUUGCUUGAAAGAACAGUGGCACGCAAAAAAGGAAACACUUCACGAAAGAAUAGAAGACGGGACGCUGCCAAUUCACAGUAUCAUGGCUCUUGAUGCUGCGAUGAGCGUGCACGAAGAAUUAUACAGCUCUCUUGAAGAAGUAUCCAAGCAUACCGCUUUCCUAGCUGCAAAGCUGUACAAUAGCUUGAUUUCGCUUAAGCACGGAAAUGGCACCAGCGUUUGCCACGUAUACAACGGUUCUUCGUCUGCUUAUGGUGAUUCGAAAACGCAAGGACCAAUUGUAGCAUUCAACCUCCGUAAUCACCACGGUGGCUGGGUCAGCAAUGCAGAGGUGGAGAAGCUUGCGGCUGUCAGAAACUUCCAACUACGCACAGGAGGCCUAUGCAAUCCAGGCGGAGUAGCAACUUCGUUAGAUUUGGCGCCAUGGGAGAUGAAGGAAAACUUCUCGGCGGGACAGCGAUGUGGUAACGAUAACGAUAUCAUUCGUGCCAAACCGACUGGCAUGAUACGAGUUAGCCUCGGGGCUAUGAGUACACUGAAGGAUGUUUCCUUAUUCGUUGACUUCCUAUCCGAAUUUUUCAUUGAAAAUACCCCGCCUCUCUUGGUGCCGCCAGUUGUUCCAUUGGAUACAGAGCCACCAACACAUAGUCGGUUGCACGUGGAGAGCCUUUCCGUCUACCCUAUAAAGAGUUGUGGGGCGUUCGGCGUGCCGCCGGGCGUAGCAUGGGGAGUGCGGCGCGAAGGUCUAGCUUGGGAUCGCGAAUGGUGUCUUGUUCACCAGGGAACCGGAGCAGCAUUGAGUCAAAAGCGCUACCCUAAGAUGGCUCUCAUUCGUCCGAGCAUUGACCUAGAAGCGGGCGUCCUACGUGUACAGCUAACCGGCAUACUGCGCGACACGGCCUUUGCGAACGAGGUAACUGUGCCUCUCUCAGCCGACCCGCGGCUGUUCGCCAAAGAUUCCAUGUACAAAGACGGCAAUGCUCAAGUAUGUGGCGAUCACAUUCAAGCAAAGACAUACAGAUCACCUCGGAUAUCAACGUUCUUCUCCCAAGCUCUGGGAGUGGCUUGUCAUCUCGCUCGCUUCCCAGCUGUCGGGAACGGGAGUGGCCCACUGGCCUGCGCCAGACAUUCAAAGCCUCAUUUGCAGAAGAGCCAGAAGGCUGGCAAGAUGCGCGUACCGGGCGCGUUCCCAGAAACGAGACCGGGAAUGCCGGGAAUGACAGUUUCAAAACCCAUUCUUCUGUCAAAUGAGAGCCCCAUCCUGACAAUAUCGCGAUCAAGCCUCAACCGCCUGAAUGAAAUGAUCAAGGCUGAGGGCGGCAAGGCGGCGCAGUCAGAGGUCUUCCGAGCCAACGUAGUGGUUGCUGAGAAUCCACACUACCCGCCUGGGGCGGAACAACCAUAUGCGGAAGACGAUUGGCGCUACCUUCAAAUCGGCCAGCAAUACUUUGAAUUGCUGGGACCGUGCCGCAGGUGCCAGAUGAUUUGCGUAGACCAGCAAACCGCGGAGCGGAAUCAGGAACCUUUUGUCACUCUCUCUAAGACAAGACGGUUCGAUGGCCGUGUUUACUUUGGAGAACACACUAGUCACCUGGCUCAAGGCAACUCGUCUCCAUUGGCACAGAAUCCAACCAUCAUGGUAGGUGACACUGUCCGAACAUACUUCGAGGAGGAAGUACAUUACGACGAUACUCUCCAUGCGCUCGUUUCCUGA